UUCUAACUAAUUGAAAGUACGAUUGGCAAGAAAAUAAAGGAUUUCAUUUGGACAUUACCAUUGCUACUUGUCUUCGUUGAGAGAAGCGACUAAAAGAAUCAAUAGCGAUCACCGUGGGCAAACAGGAGUCAUCAUAACACUCGUUCCCAGUGAUUUUCGGUCGCCCAAAACAAAAACGGCAACGCGGGAAUUUCUAACUAAUUGAAAGUGUUGAAUGUUUUGUUUUUAUUUUGUCGUAUUUAUGAAAACUUAAAACGCGAAAGAAGUGCAUUACUUGUCGCGAUAAUGAGUAAAAAGAAGGAAAACGAAGCUGAAGCUGCAUCUUCAAUUCUUGAAUAUCUGAAUACACAGAACCGACCAUAUAGUGCUGGUGAUAUUUUUUCCAACUUGCAUGGAAAAUUUGGCAAAACUAUAGUUGUGAAAGCUUGUGAAAGUUUGGCAUCUUCCGGAAAAAUCAACGAAAAGAUUUAUGGAAAACAAAAGGUUUAUGCUCCAAAACAGACACAGUAUGCAGACUAUAAAGAAAGUGAUCUUCAACAAAUUGAUGAGGAAAUUAAAAAAUAUGAGAAGAUUUGCACUGAGUUGCAAAGAUCUUGCAAGGUUUUAGAGGAAGAAUACAGAGUACUGAAGAGUAGUCUGACAACUGAAGAGGCGAUUGCAAGAUUAUCGGAGUUAAAUAAAAUCUGUCAAAACAAUCAGGACCACUUGAAACGCAUCAAAUCAGAAUCAAAUCACAUAUCUCCCGCGGAAAAAGACAAGAUCAUCAAAAACCGUAAAACUGCUGUUCAAACAUGGAAAAAGAGAAAACGUAUUGCAUCAGAUAUGAUGGAUGCCAUCUUAGAAAAUUACCCCAAAACAAAAAAACAAUUUAUCGAAGAUGUUGGCAUUGAAACAGACGAGGAAUACAAUGUGACUGUACCACAAAUAUAACCACGGACCAUAGCAAUAGCAAUAAAUUCAUUGGGAAAAAACAUGUUUGGCUACACAUGUUGGCAACGUUUUGUUCUUGUUUUAUUAAUCAAUUACAUCAUCUCUAAACAAAGCAUCAUUUUCAAUUAUUUUUUAUGUGAAGAAACUCUUAUCUCUUUGAUAACAUUUUUCAACACGGUCGAUAACAUUUUUCAACACGGUCAAUAACAUUUUUCAAGACGAUGAGUUUACAUCUCAUCAAAGAGGCAUGGUAUUUAUCUUUAAAUUACCAAAUUAGGGAACAAGAAAUAUACAGUCUAACUGGUGUCUUGUAGUCUCUCCAUCAAAUCAGAGAUGUUUUGAUGUAAACUACGUGCUUAUUGUUAACAACUCUCAUAUGUUCAUAUUGUAUCAACCUUUAUCAAUUCUUUUGUCAAAUUUAGUAGUCCAAUCAGGAAAUUAUGCAAAUAGCAGUUUAAAGCGUUGUUGACAGCCUGGUCAGUGUAUAUUAUGUGGCUAGUCGUCGUCUAUAAAGGUUCACUUAUCCCACAGGCAGUCAAAUUGUGGCAAGAGUAUGGAAGUUCAACAGCUUUUAUUAUGUGGAGUGUGGAUAAUAACCUGCUUAACUCAUCACGUAUUAACAGCUCCAUUUAGCAUACAAAAAACGAAGGGUUAUGGCUCAGCGAAAAACGUCCUAAUUUUUGGUAUUGACGGCUUGGGCGGUGUUCACUUGGAGAAUGUUACAGCAAAAUAUCCCGGAUUUCGAUCAUUUUUUGAUGAAGGAAGUUAUACAACAAGUGCAAGAUGUGAAACUCCAACAGUAAGUGCAUCAAAUUGGGGAACACUAAUAACAGGUAUGACGCCAGCUGAAGCAGGGAUUCAGGCAAAUUACUGGAUUCCUGAGUAUGGAAGACCUAAGAGUAUCAGUCAACGUAGCCAUUUUGAACCAAUUUCUGGUGAAGGUGUACCUGAAAGUAUCUUUGAUGUUAUGUACAAACAGAAAGACAUGAAGGUAUACAUGGGUUACACGUGGGACUGGUUUCAUCAUUUUGCAACCAAUACAACUGUAGAUGAGAUGUUCCGUGGGGCACAGUUGCCGUAUUUCAAUGGAAGCGCUGAUUGGCUAAAAUGCGCAUUUGAUUUUGGUUGUAUCAAACAUUCAGAUGAGGCCGUAUUUAAUGCCACAGUUGAUGUCAUUCAACAGAUUCAACCUAACUUCAUGUUUUUACAUUUCUCUCGCUUGGAUAAAGCAGGUCACGUACAUUGUUGGGGAUGCAAAGAGUACUAUGAUGAGCUAGAAGUUAUAGAUGGAUACAUUCAAAAAAUCCUACAAGUAUUGAAAGAAACGAAAACCUCGCAAGGAACGCAAAUGUUAGAUGAGACGUUAGUGAUGGUGGUCAGUGAUCACGGCGGAUACAGAAAUCUUCAUGGGGAGUGUAAUGGACCAAAUACUGAAUGCUUGAGCUUUACUAUGACAGCAACAAUGAACGUGCCUUUGUUAUUGAGGGGUCCAAGAGUAAAGAAGGGAUACAACAUGACUGCAAAUAGGAAUUAUGUCGCAAACAGAGAUGUCGUUCAAACUGCUCUUCACGCUUUAGGCUUGCGAAAAGGUCGAUAUAUGACAGGCAAAGUUCUUACAGAAGCCUUCGAGGAAACACCUCCAGUCGUGAAUAAAACCAUUGGAGUAUGGAGGGGAAUGGGACCAUUAUGUCUCAUUUGCUACAUAAUGUUGCAUUUGUCAAUUGCAAGCAUAUAAUCUUAUAAGUUAAUCAUGUUCAAGAUUUUGUAUGGGCAAGAAGAAUAACUUAAGUAUAGAAGAAUAGAUUGCUGUUAUCUAAAUGAAUUGGCAAGAAGUUUGGAUGUUAAAAUACGACACAAGACAAUACGACAAUACGACACAAGAACACUGUGUGUUAGUAUAUAGAUCGAGUAUGACGAAGCAUGAAGAAUUUCUGAAAUUUAAUGAAAACCAAACUAUGCGUAGCUGCGUUGUAUCAUAAUAGCCUUUGCAUAACUGACAAAAUGCUCGUGAACAGACCAGGCUUCACGAUUUUUUUCUAAAACAUCGAUUGUUCAGAAUCUACUGUGUUUACUGUCGCACGUGUUCUUUUCAUAAUAAUGUACACUUCACAUUUGAACAUGGAGUAAGUCAUAUAAUUGGCGAUCAUUACUCGCUAAAGCUGAUGUUGCAAUUACUUUAAACUUAACUAUAUCAAUAAUGGUACGAGUAAUUCUUCGCUUUAGAUCAUCAAAAACCGUAAAACUGCUGUUCAAACAUGGAAAAAGAGAAAACGUAUUGCAUCAGAUAUGAUGGAUGCCAUCUUAGAAAAUUACCCCAAAACAAAAAAACAAUUUAUCGAAGAUGUUGGCAUUGAAACAGACGAGGAAUACAAUGUGACUGUACCACAAAUAUAACCACGGACCAUAGCAAUAGCAAUAAAUUCAUUGGGAAAAAACAUGUUUGGCUACACACGUUGGCAACAUUUUGUUCUUGUUUUAUUAAUCAAAUACAUCAUCUCUAAACAAAGCAUCAUUUUCAAUUUUUUUUAUGUGAAGAAACUCUUAUCUCUUUGAUAACAUUUUUCAACACGGUCGAUAACAUCACGCAGUGAAAAUUGAAAUUGCAUAUUCGUGUUAAGUAAAAUUUUCAAUUAUUGCGUGUUUUCAAUAGAUUGUGUUUAAUUAAAGUUGCAAAGAAUAAACAAAAGAUUAAGUGCUGUAAAA